UGUGUGUUUCAAUGAGGUGUUCCCUGGCCAGACGGGACAAGCUGAAUACAGGCUGAGCACUGAGUAGACAAAGGGGGUCUAACCUUAAUUCAAGAAAUCCUUACAAUCUGGGGGGCUUUGUCCAGGAUACCUCUAAUCAGGUGAGUGCUGCUUUUUUAUUUUUCUCUAUAAAAGGAUAGAGCAAGCACGCUCCCUGUUUUGUGGUAUCUGGACCGUGUAGAGGAGGUUUGAUUUGUGGCUUUUACGCCUGUUUAGCAAGCACUCGCUUUUGAAAAGUUCCUGGAACUGAAGCGUAGUGUGAAAGCUGUAUUCUGUUGCCCGCUCUUUGUUGUUUUUUUUGUUGAAGUUUUGUGUUGUUUGUUGAAGAUAUUGGUUCUUUCGGUCGGGGGUUAAUUUACAUUUCUAAAAUGGGUAAUAGGAACACAACUACUUAUCCAAAGCCGGACCCAGAAGAGGUCCCGCGCGACUGGAUGAAUAGGUGUGGACUCACUCGCUUUACCACACCUUGGCUCGAUAAUUUAUCAGGGUGGACUGAACCACAACCUCAAUUUUUAACCUAUCCACACAGAGGUACUUUUAAGUCUGAAUAUCUAGCCUAUGCUUACUCUCAGAUAUAUGAGGGUAUGGGUGAUCCAGGUUGGGAUUAUCCCUACAUGGGUUUGGGUUACCAAAAAUGGGUAGAAAUGAAAGCUCUCUGGGAUAAAUACUUGAACAUAAAAGAAACUAAAAUACAAAAGAAAAAGAUUCCCAAGGUCACAUUUGAAACUAAGUUCAAGUCGCCUUUUCCGGUCCCUCCUCCACAUCAUGCUGAAACAGUAACAUCAGCAUCUAACCAAUCAAUUAUUGAGGAAAUCUAUCCUAAUUUGAAUCCCACUAAUCCUUUCAUGAACUGCCCUUCUGUGCCUGUCUCCCCCUUUCUCACAAAUGCGGGCUCACCCGUGAGCUGCUCCAUUGCUGUGGAAGCAAGGGGAGCCUCGCUGAAAGAGUGGUUCUCUGGAAAGGGAAAGACUCCCAAGAGGGUGUUGGGACGAACUCCUGAUAGCCCUCUUUCGGAUGAUCUCGAGGACACUGAUGAUGAGGAUGAUGAUUAUGAUAACCCGAACGAUGUAGGUCCGAUUGUGAGGUCUCGCCCCAACCCUCUAACAGAAAACACUCCGUUUGUUUUCUCCAUGGGACCCAAGGGUGCAAAAAUCCUUCCACCAUCCGUAAGCACGCUAAAGGACCUCAUUAAAAUGCUCCCUUCUCCCAACAAACCUUUGGAUUUUGUUGAUGUGCUGAUAAAGGCUUCUAGGUACUGUCAGCUCGUGGGUGCGGAUUAUCGCUUUAUUUUGCAAAUGGUUUUGGGAGACUGGUACGAUGAGGCUGAUUUGAUAAAGACGGUAAAAUGCUUAGACCCCAAAGCAGACAAAUGGCCUAUAGUGGUGAAACAUGAAGACGUAGACAGGGGGAGACGAUGGUGGAAAAAGAAGGAAUAUGAGUUUCUUUGGGGCAAUCCUAAUGAGGCUAUGGGACUUUUAAAAAAUGAGCUAACUGCCUAUCUUCUCUCACGUCAAGAAGCUAGACAGGAUCUGUCGCAGGUAACUAAUUGUAAACAAGAAAAGGGCGAGACUACAACCAAGUUUCUUGAGAGGUUUAGAGAGACCUGGACCCUUUUGGGUGGUAUGCCCCUGUCUGAGGCAGACCCUAACCCACUUUUCCUUACCACCUUCUUGAAUAAUUGUCGACUAGAAAUCGUAAAAAUUUUAAAGUUCCAAUUGUCAGACCGUUCUACAAUGACUAUUAAAAGAUUAGGCGAGCGUGUGAGAACAAUGGAAGGAGAUGGUAUUUUAGAAUGCAAACAAGUGGAAUGUCUCAUACAAGGAUACAGAAAUGGAAAAAAAGGGGGUAGAGGAGGCCGUGGAAGAGGUAGAGGAAGUCUACAGGGUCAAAGUGCACCAAGUAGAUCUGGUAUUUGUUACUAUUGUGGAAAAAAAGGUCAUUGGGCUCGUGGAUGUCGUACGAAGGCCCGAGGAGAGGGACGUGAUGGACAGAAUGCGUAUAACCAAUUGACUAAUGGUCAGUGGCAUGAUGCUCAUGAGGUGUUUUCUCCUAAUCAUUCCCAGCAGUCGCCGCAGCGAGUGCAACAACAACAACAACGGCGGCAACAUAUACCCAAUCCCGUCUCACGGAUGCAGUUUUCUAGGUGGGUGGAAGCUUUCCCGUGUGCACGAGAGAAUGCAAAAAUGGUGACCCGAGUCCUAGCAAAAGAAAUAAUACCUCGUUAUGGCGUGCCUCAUGCUAUUGACUCAGACUAAAGACGUGCUGCAGUGAUGACCAACCCGUGACAUGACACAGAGGGAUCGUCUUGGGUUGCCACGGAACGACUUCACUUCUGCUAUUAGUGUAGCAUUCCUGGUGGUGUCUUAGCGCCUCGUGAGGUGGGACGAGUGCAGAUUGGGCGUGCCCGCACUCUGAGCACUGUAGCGUCAAGAAAGGCAAUAGGUCACCACUAGUAAUUAUUUAUGAGUCAGACCUGUUGUGUCUCUUUAGCCUGUGCAUUCUCUGCUGUGUGCAAAAUCUUUUGUAUACGUAUGUUUCAGGUUAUGUUCUCGUAGUGUUAUUCAACAAUGUUUCUUGUGAAUAAAAGGGGGGGAAUUGUAGGGAAAAUUUCAUUUUUAGUGUGUUUCAUGAUAUUCUAUGUGCAUGAGAACAGAGUGUUAUCUUUCUUUGUCCUCGACACACUGCGCUUUCAGCAAACACAUUCCUUAGUAUAAUCUAUGUUCAGGGUCGUAAAACUGCUGAAGGCUCAUAAAUGCAGAACUACCCCCAAGCUUCUGUUCUUCUUCACGUUAUCUUUUAUAAACAUUUCAGACACUCCUGCACCCCUCCUUUUAGUGCUUUCUGUGUGUGUGUGUGUGUAUAAAUAUAUACUCCUGUAUUCUACAAUUAACUUUGAACCCGUGCUUAGCAUUCAUAGACUCUGUUAUAGAGCUUUUUUUGUUUUCAUGUUUAAUA